CCAGCAGCAGCAGCGACCUCAGUCAGGCAUAUGUGAUGACUGCGUACUCAGAGUUGGUGCUCAUCUUGCGGCUGACCUCUCUGGGGUGGGGUAUGUGCAGCCUGUCAGCAGACCGUGAGGCCUGCAGCUUCUUGGACAUUUCUGCUGCUGACACAAUCUGGACUGGCCUCAGAAUCACCUGAAGGGAGUGCAGACAGCAGUGAAGAGACGGGCAUUGAUCAGUGUCCAGGAGGAAACUACUUCUCCCACCGGCUUUGUUUAGAGUGUCCGUCCGGCCAUUUUUGUCCUGGCAAUGAUUCUGCACCUCACAGAUGUCCAGCAGGAACAUUUAACCUCUACACGGGGCGAAGCAGUAGCAGUGACUGCAAGCCUUGUUUUCCAGGUCUGAUCAGUUCGGAGGACAGAGUGGACUGCAGGCCGUGUCCUGCAGGUCUCACGUGUGAUCCAGCCAAUGGGACCCUCUCUUUGUGCCCUCCAGGACAACAUUCUCCUGAGGGGGUCCUGCAGUGUCUGACCUGCCCUGCAGAUUCUGUCUGCACCUCUGGAUUUCCUUUUAGGUGUGGGCCUGGCAAGGAGCCUGAUGUAGAUCACACUGUGUGUAAUGACUGCCUCCCGGGCUUCUACUCCACUGUGUGUACUAUCAGGUGUCUGCAGUGUCCAGCAGGAAGUUACUGUCCAGACAGUGGGAUGUCACAGCCUCUCCCCUGUCCUCCUGGUCGCUCUUCCACACCGGGACAAACUUCCUGCCCUAGCUGUAAUGAUACGUCUUUGCUGUGUGAGGGAGCUGUGGCCCCCCGCUGGAGCCAGCCCGUCCACAGGUCCAGUCAAACGAUCACCUGUCGACCAGGAACAUACAGAGACACGAGGGAGGAGUUAGCAUGUGUGGUCUGUCCAGUAGGUCAUUACUGUGUGGGAGGUGUAGCUGUGCCCUGCCCUGCAGGGACUUAUGGCUUGAAGGAAGGUCUGCAGAGGCUGAGAGACUGCACGAUCUGUCCUGCUGGGUUUUACUGUCUGGAAGGAAGCUCACAGAGGCCCACCUCCCAGUUCCUUUGCCCACAGGGCUAUUACUGUGAGGAGGGCACCGCCACCCCUCAUGGGUCACCUUGCCCUGCUGGUACAGCGGGGGAACAACUGGGUCAGACAAGUAGGGCAGCAUGUAAGAGAUGCAGAGAAGGACGCUUCUGUCCUGCAGGCUCAUCUGGGCCUGGCUUGCCCUGUGCUCGGGGGAGAUACUGUCCUGCUGGUUUGGAAGAGGUGAUCUGUCCUAGAGGCACCUUCACCCCUCAUCAAGGAGCAAUAAGUGUGAAGGACUGUCUCAAAUGCCCGGCAGGUUUUUACUGUCCUGAGGGGACAAGCGACCCUGUCCCUUGUCCACCAGGCUCCUUUAACCCUUUAGAGGGUCAGGACGAGUUGGCGGAUUGCAGGGAGUGCUAUGCGGGGAAGGCCUGCACACAGGUAGCUCUGAGAGCCCCCGAUGUGGACUGCAUGCAAGGGUUUGUGUGUCCCCCCGGUUCCUCCAAACCCAACGCGCCGACCAAUGCCUGCCCACCGGGGACUCUGAGCAAUCGCACUGACCUCACUGACCGCUCACAGUGUCAGCAAUGCCCCGCACGAUAUGCCUGUCUUCGAGGAACUGGCGGUAUCCAGAGGCCGCCACUCUCCUGCUUUGCAGGGCAUUAUUGUCCACCUGGAACUAUGUUCCCCACCCAGUACAAGUGUCCUGUGGGGACAUGGAGUGGUCAAAGUGGACUGGAAGCUGAGAGAGAGUGUCGUCCGUGCCCACAGGGCUGGUACUGUUUGGCCGGUUCUGGAGCGCCGUCAGGUCGUUGCAGCUCUGGACACUAUUGUCCUGAAGGGACUGCAUAUGGCACCCAGUAUCCCUGCCCUGCAGGCACCUACAGCAUCCAAAUGGGGAACAGACACAGAGAAGACUGUCUGAUUUGUCCUGAAGGCUCAUUCUGUCAACAGGGAACCUCCAAGCCGUCACCCUGCCCACCCUCCACAUUUCGCCGCCUGAAAGGAGGUCGAAGGCUGGAGGACUGCUCUGCCUGCCCUGCCGGCUAUUUCUGUCCCCACUCAGCCUCUGUCAACCCCAGAGUGUGUGGAGCUGGCAGCUACUCUGACGAGGGCUCUUUGGAGUGUUCUCCAUGCCUGCAGGGCCACUACUGCAGCAACGAGACCACGAGCGAGGAAGCCAUGUUGAGUGUCAUGGUGUGCCCCCCAGGCUUUCUCUGCUCUCAGGGUUUGGCCAGAGACCCCCAGCGCUCAGCCACUCUCUGUCCUCGCGGCUUCUACUGCCCUGGAGGAGGCAUUGAUCCCAACCCCAUUCCUUGUCCCAAUGGUACCUACAGUGAGAUUCCUGGACUGCGUGAGGCCGGCGAGUGUGUCCAGUGUCCUGAAGGGAAGUACUGUUACUCCCAGCAGCCUCAGGAGCAGCCUAUUACCAACCCUACAGGAGUGUGUCCUCAUGGGCACUAUUGCCCCGUAGGGACUGGCUACCCCUACACAUACCCCUGUCAGGCUGGCCAGUACAGGAACAAUACACUUGGACAUAGUGGAGAGGUGUGUGUAUUAUGUCCACCCAGGCAUUACUGCGACAGCCUGGGGACUCAGAUGCCAUCAGUCUGCCCUCAGGGCUUUUACUGUCCAGAAGGCACUUCUACUCCCGAGCCGUGUCCUGAAGGCACCUACAGUUCACGCUGGGCUCUCAGUGCUAGGUCUGAGUGCUCCCCCUGUGGCGGAGGCCAGUACUGCGCCGGUGUGGGACUCUCAGAGCCCUCUGGAAGCUGCAGAGAGCGCUUCUACUGUCGUGAGGGAGCCAAGUCUGCAACCCCUGCAGAUGGGCCGACAGGAGGUCUAUGUCCUGCAGGAAGUUACUGUCCUCUAGCUUCGUCCUCUCCCUUCCCGUGUCCCCCCGGCGCCUUCAGCAACAGCACCGGCCUCAGCAGACCUGAGGAGUGUGUCAGCUGUCCGCCAGGUUUUUAUUGUUUAGGUUCCAACAACACCUCACCCUCGGGCCCUUGUUCUCCUGGUUUCUACUGUACCGGUGGCUCUGCUUCGCCUGUUCAGAAUGAAGCACCGGAGGGUUAUUAUACCUCAGAGGGGGCAUCUAGGGCAGAACCAUGUCCUCUGGGCACUUUUCAGCCGCGACGAGGUGCACAGUCAUGUGUCGAGUGUCAGGGAGGAAGAGUGUGUAACCAGACAGGCUUAUCCCAGCCACCGCUGUGUCCCACAGGACACUACUGUCCUCCAGGGUCCUCUGUUGCUCGACCCUGUCCUCCAGGCUCAUACUCUGACCAGCCGGGCGGCGACACUGCGCAGCACUGUCGGCCAUGCGAGGCUGGUUGGUUCUGCAGCAGGGCAGGCCUCUCUGCCCCUCAGGGUCUCUGUAACCCGGGACACUACUGCACCUCUGGAGCCUCCACUGCCUCUCCAGUGUCCGUGCCCUCUGGCGGUGUGUGCUCUGCAGGAUACGUCUGUCCACGUGGGACCAAGUAUCCACAGCAGCAUCCCUGCCCUGUGGGAACCUGGAGCAGCAUUGUGGGAGCUCAAAACCUGUCCUCCUGCUGGCCCUGCCCUCCAGGACACUACUGCAACAGUACUGGACUCAGAAAGCCCACGGGAAUCUGUGAGACAGGGUAUUACUGUUCAGGAGGGGCCACGUCUUCAGUGCCCUCAGAUGGAGUGACGGGGGACAUUUGUCCAGUUGGACACUAUUGUCCCAUGGGCUCAAAUUCUCCUGUAGUCUGCCCUGAUGGGACGUACUCAAACACUACAGGGGCGGAGGCGUGCGAUGACUGCCCCACAGGGACAUACUGUCUGUCAGGAGAGGGUGUCCAGCUCUGUCCAGCAGGACACUACUGUCUCGGUGGUGGAGUUGAGGGUAUCCUGCCCUGCCCUCCCGGCACUUAUAGCCCUCAGUUUGGCCUCAGCCAAGUGGAGCAGUGCCUCAUUUGUCCAGCAGGGUUCUUCUGCGAGGACUGGGGUCUGUUUGAACCCACUGGGCCCUGUCAAGCUGGUUACUACUGCAUAGCAGGUGUAAACUUUCAGAACCCAGAUGGAAACUUCAGCACGGGAGUGGGAGGAGCAUGUCCACAGGGGAGGUUCUGUCCCGAGGGCACCAGUCUCCCGCUGCCCUGUCCUCCAGGAACCUACUCUGACAGUCUCUAUCUGACAGAUGCCUUUGGCUGCAGUCCGUGUCCAGCGGGUCAGUUCUGUGGCACCGCGGGUCUCACGCGUCCGUCUGGACUGUGUCAGGCAGGGUUUUAUUGUCCAGGGGGAGACACAACAGCCACAGGCUCAGAAGGAGGUCUUUGCCCACCAGCUCAUUACUGCCCUGAUGGGAGUGCGAGCCCAGUGCCCUGUCCGGCUGGGACCUACACCAAUCUCACUGGGCAGUCGGUGUGCUCCCGGUGCCCUGCUGGCUACUACUGUGCAGAGAAGACUGGCAACUUCACCAAGUACCCCUGUCCACCUGGAUUCUACUGCCCUGAUGGUACAAGGCAUGCCACUCAGUUUCCCUGUCCUCGUGGAUACUACAACCCUGAGCCUAUGACUCAGAGUCUGGACAGCUGCUUGCCUUGUCCUCCAGGACACUACUGUGAGAAGGAGAGGCUGACCAAAGUGUCUGGAAAAUGCAAGGCUGGUUGGUUCUGUGUGUCAGCAGCAUGGAACUCGCAGCCUUUUGACCUGGACAAUUACACAAAUGCCAACUGUCUGUGUCCAGCUACCUCCACAGGGGGGCGCUGUCAGGUGGGCUUUUAUUGCCCCUUAGGUAGCCAGGAGCCCCUGCCUUGUCCACCCGGAGCCUUCUGUAACAUCUCAGGUUUGGCUCUGCCGAUGGGUCCCUGCUCCCCUGGGUAUUACUGUGUUGGAGGAGCUGAUAAUGCCAGACCAACAGAUGGAGAAACUGGCAGCAUCUGUCCACCUGGGACAUACUGUGUUGAGGGCUCAGGAGAGCCAGAGUUGUGUCCAGCUGGUACUUUCUCCCCCGUGCCAGGUCUGACCAGCGAGGCUGGCUGUCAGCCCUGCACCGCUGGGUUUUACUGCAGAGGAGCAGGACUCAGGGCUCCAACUGGACCCUGCAGCCAGGGCUAUUGGUGCCCUCCUGGUCAGACUGUGGCUACAGCUCUGCCAUGCCCUUUAGGACACUUCUGCUCACAGGGCAGUGCAUCUCCUGAGCCCUGCCCAUCAGGGACCUAUCAGGACAGAGAGAAACAGGCAGCCUGUUCUGUCUGUGAAGCAGGUUACUACUGUGAUAUGAGACUAGCCAAUGCCUCGUUGCUGAGGCCUUGCCCUAAAGGUCACUACUGCCCUGCAGGUACAGCUCUGCCCAACCAACACCCCUGCCCAAAAGGCUCCUUCAACCCGAGACAACACGCACACAGCCUAACUGACUGCAUGCAGUGUCCUGCUGGACAAUACUGUCCUUCUGUAGGACUGUCAGAGCCAACAGGACCAUGCCAUGCUGGUUACUGGUGCAGAGAGGGAGCAUCCUCUCCCAGCCCACUGGAUGGACUCUCAGGCUCCCUGUGUCCUCCCGGUCAAUACUGCCCCUCAGGCACCACAGCUCCUGUGGCCUGCCCUGAAGGAAGCUGGUCAAACAGCUCAGGCCUUCGUGCCCAGGGCGACUGUAAACCCUGUCUGGGAGGAUUUUACUGCGAAUCUGCUGGCCUCACUAAACCCACAGGACCCUGCAGAAGGGGAUAUUACUGUGUGGAGGGAGCCGUCACACCCACUCCUACUGAUGGAAUUACAGGGGGACCAUGUCCUGAGGGUUCCUACUGCUCAGAGGGAACUGUUCAACCUCUGCCCUGUGAUCCAGGGACAUAUGUCGCUGUGACACACGCUACUCAGUGCGAACCCUGUGUGCCAGGCUGGUACUGUGUGUCCGGCUCUCUGUACUUGUGUCCUGCAGGCUUCUACUGCCCUGAAGGAACUGGAUUUGACGUGAAGGGCUGUCCAGAGGGAACUUACAGUCCUGACCCCGGCUACUGGUCUGUCUCUCAGUGCAGGCAGUGUGACGGCGGCCAUUACUGCUCUUCCAGAAAUGGCACAGCUGUCACUGGACCAUGUCAGGAAGGAUAUUACUGCGCACUUGGAAACACCUCUCCGCGACCUCUCUCGCAGGCUGCAGGAGAGGGAGGGCCGUGUCCUGCUGGUCAUUACUGCCCCGAGGCCACCGUCCAUCCUCUGCCCUGUCCACGUGGGACAUUCUCCAACAGGACCACAUUAGUCUCCCAGGAGGAUUGCCAGCCUUGUCUCCCUGGCUACUAUUGUGAUGCUGUGGGGCUCUCUGCGCCAUCAGGUGAAUGCUGGGAAGGUUUCUUCUGUCUGGAAGGUGCAGAUCGUCCUGACCCUCCUUUGAGGGACAGACGGGGUGGACCAUGCCCAAAAGGUUAUUACUGCUCUGAGGGCUCUGUGGCUCCUCAGCAGUGCCCCUUGGGAACCAUCAGCACAGAAGACGGCCAAGCCAGCUGCAGCGCCUGUCCCCAGGGUUUUUAUUGUCCUGGCAGACACAAUGGCUCUCUGUCGAGAAGCUACGAAUGUCCACUGGGUCAUUACUGCCCGUCCGGGACCUGGUCCAAACACCAGUACCCGUGUCCAGCUGGAUCCAUCAACCCCAACACUCGUAUGGCAAAACUCCAGGACUGCUUGCCCUGCCCUCCAGGCUCCUUCUGUGCGUCCCCUGGGAAGAGUAUUGCAUCAGGCCAGUGUGGCGGUGGGUACUACUGCCUCUCUGGGGCCCGGUCACCCACACCGGAGGAUGGAGGGGCAACAGGUGACAGAUGCCCUGAAGGUCAUUACUGUCCCCGGGGCUCCUCAGCUCCACUGCCGUGUCCCAUAGGACAUUAUAGCAACGAAACCAGAAACAGUCAUCUCUCCGACUGCAAGCCUUGUCCUCCAGGUCUCCUGUGUGUCACCAGAGGGCUCUCUUUCCCUUCUCAUAUCUGUCCAGCUGGCUCUUACUGUCCAGGCAGAGAAAACAACAGCCAGCAGGCCUCUGUACCCUGCUCACCUGGAAACAUGUGCCCAUCUGGAUCGGAGAGACAGGUACCCUGUUCACCAGGCACCUACCAGGAUUUACCUGGACAGGCAGAGUGUGUUAAAUGUCCAGCAGGAUUUUACUGUGCUGGCUCAGUGGAUGCUGACACUGGCCAUGUGUCUGGGACUCACACUCCCAUGCUGUGUCCUAAAGGACACUAUUGCCCACCAGGAACGCAGUCUGGUGUAGCAUUCCCAUGCCCAGCUGGUGCCUUCGGCAGGCAGAUGGGGUUGUCCAAUAAGUCAGGCUGUGAGCUCUGCCCUCCGGGGAGAUAUUGCAGUUCCCCUGGACUGGCUGCUCCCACCGGGGUCUGCUCUCCUGGUUACCUCUGUAUCCAUGGUUCUGCUUCUGCCCAGCCAGAGGAAGGCCCAACAGGAGGCCGCUGCUCUGCUGGGUCCUACUGCCCCCAGGGUACCAGCUAUAUGGUUCCCUGCCCUGCAGGCACCUUCAGCUCCAUAGAAGCGGCAGUUUCUGUAGAAGUAUGUCAGCCCUGUUUGCCCGGCCAUUACUGUGCUGAGGUUGGCCUUUCCUCCCCAUCGGGGCCAUGCAACCCAGGCUUCUACUGCACGGAGGGAUCCAGAACGGCCACACCAUGGGGUAACACCACAGUUGCAGGAGAUACCACAUCUCCAUCCCCACAUCCUGCAGAUUCAACCCUGGGUCAGGUCCACAGUGAUGUGUGUCCUACAGGCCACUACUGUCCUGAAGGGAGUGCAAAGCCAAGCCCCUGUCCUCCAGGUACUUUCUUGGGGAGGUCUGCAGCUGAGUCUGAGGCCGACUGUGAAGCUUGUUACCCGGGUUCUUACUGCCCCUCAUGGGGUCAGACCUCUGUCGACCUCCUCUGUCCCCCGGGGUGGUUCUGUCCGCCGGGAUCAGUGUCUGGACAUCAGCCAGGACAUCUGUGCCCACCUGGCCAUGCGUGCCCACAUGGUAGUGCUGAGCCGGCCAUCUGUAUCCGCGGCACUUUUCAAUCUUCAUCCGGGCAUUCCACUUGCAACACCUGCCCACCAGGUUUCUACUGCAUGGAGGGUUCAUCUGUGCCAUCCCCGUGUCCAGCUGGCAGCAUCAGCAUUUCAUCCGGCAGGACGUCCCUGACCGACUGCUCCCCCUGCCCCUCCGGCUCCUUCUGUAAUAGCAGUGCACUGACUGAGCCGUCUGGACCCUGCAGCCCAGGAUAUUUCUGUUCCCUGGGGUCCUCCGAGGCUUCUCCUGUCUCGCAGCCGUACGGAGAUGUUUGCCCCAUGGGGCAUUUCUGUCCUCAGGGAAGUGGGUCGCCCAAACCCUGUCCUGCUGGCAGCUUCCUCCCAGAGCCUGGAGCCUCCUCUCCCUCUCGCUGCCAUCCUUGCCCCCCAGGGAAAUACUGCCUCACUUCUGGAGGCUCACAGCCGACAGGUCUGUGUUCUGCAGGUUUCUUCUGCUCUGGAGGAGCUGAUAGCCCCACACCCCGAGCCAAUUCCUCUCUGUUCAGCUGUCUUUGUGAAGUACUGGAGGCAUACACCACAAAGACAGGCGCAGCCUUCUGGAUGCACAAUCUGUCCUGCAUCAGUAACUCCAGUAAUCCUGGCGGGGACGCGACCUGGAUUGAAAUGGUUGCGGCGCCACAGGCAGAUUCAGACCAUAUUGUGACUCACCCACCGCCACAUCUCAAGAGUUCACAUUAUGCCUGUUCCACCUACAGAGGGGAUAUAUGCCCCAGGGGUUUCUAUUGCCCUCUUGGUUCUGCCUAUCCCCAGCCCUGUGAGGCUGGCUCUUACUGUAACCAGACUGGAUUAGAUGCCCCGGCAGGGCCCUGUGCCGCAGGAUAUUUCUGCCCUAAAGGCUCCUUUGACCCCUACACCACCUCUUGCCCCACUGGACACUACUGCCCCCUUGGAACUCCUCUUCCUCUGCCCUGCCCUCUUGGAACCAUAAAAAGAUCCCUCGGUGGAUCCACGGUCGAGGCUUGCCAGCUGUGUCCCGCGGGUCACUACUGCCACCACAAAGGAAGAGCUGAGCCAAGUGGCCAGUGUGCAGAAGGCUACUACUGUCCUGAGGGCCAGAGCUCAGAGAGACCGCAGCAACAUGUCUGCUCAGUAGGACAUUGUUGUGAGAAGGGCAGUGUCAGACCGACAGCCUGUCUCCCAGGCAGCUACCAGCCCAGACAAGGCCAGGGCAACUGCGAGACAUGCCCUGAUGGUUUCUAUUGUCAACAUCAAGGAAUGACGCUUCCACUGCCAUGUGAGAGAGGAUUUUACUGUCCCAGCGGAGCAGCAAAUCAACAGCCAUGUCCAGCAGGGACCUAUGGAAACAUGUCAGGACUGAUUGAAGAGCAGCAGUGCUCACUGUGUGACGCUGGGAUGUACUGUAAAGAACCAGAAAUGAUUAGAGGGAAAUGGCUGCUCUGUUAUUUCUUUAAAGGAAGGACUCUCCCCACUGGGCCGUGUGCUGCAGGUUUUGUUUGUGUAGGGGGAGCUGCUGAACCUUCACCACUAGACAAAUUGACUGGGUUCCCAUGUCCUCCGGGCUUUUUCUGCUCUUUGGGGACUUCAGUACCAAAACCAUGCCCAAAAGGAACAUUCAGUGAGCAGAGCGGGCUUGUGGAUGAGUCUCAGUGUCGCAGCUGCAGUCCCGGCUUCUACUGUUCAGGGACGGGCCUCUUCGCCGUCUCUGGACCCUGCCUGCCAGGUUUCUACUGUCUGGAGGGAUCCAAGACUGCCACUCCAAUGUCAAGUGCAUCUGGAGGUGUUUGUCCAGCAGGCCACUACUGCACAGAGGGCAGCAGCGUGCCAUCACCCUGCCCAGCUGGCUCGUACCAAAAUGAGACUGGAGGGAAAGGCAGAGAUGACUGCAAGCCGUGCCCGUUUGGCUGGUUCCAGGAUUUAUCGGGUCAGACAGAGUGUAAUCCCUGUCCUCCUGGGUUCCACUGCCAGUCACUGAGUUCCAGCCCCACCAGCCCUCUGCCCUGCCCAGCUGGCUACAUCUGUCCCAGGGAGAGUCCGGACAGACAGCCUCUCCCCUGCCCCAAAGGCACCUACAGUCCAAGUCAGGGACUCACCACCGCAGGUGAGUGCCUGCCGUGUCCAGCGGGUCAGUUCUGUGGGUCUGAAGGUUUGGUCGAGCCGUCAGGAGCGUGUGCUGCCGGGUUUCUUUGUCUGAUGGGUGCCACAGUGCCCAACCCGACUGACAACAGAACUGGAUCUCUCUGUCCGCCUGGAGUUUUCUGCCGACAGGGGCAGAGAGCAGGAGAUUGCUUGGCAGGGUUUUACUGCGACUGGGGAUCCAGCAGAGCAGAUGAGGCUCUGUGCCCAGCUGGGUUCUUCUGCCCCAGUGGAACACCAGUCCCCAUGCCUUGUCCUGCAGGAACAUUCAGCUCUGAAACAGGCAACAUGCAUCAAGACAACUGCACCACCUGUACUCCUGGAUACUACUGUAACGCUGAAGGCACUGUACAGCCUGCACUGUGUCCUGUCGGAUACUACUGUCCUCCAGGAGUGACUCUAGGACUGGAGUUCCCUUGUCCAGCUGGCACUGUGCAGAGCCAGCUCGGAGCCUCCAGUCCACAGGCGUGCCUGCUCUGCCCUGCUGGAAUGUUCUGCUCUCACCCUGGUCUGUCCGAGCCAACAGGACUGUGUGAGGCAGGAUUUUACUGCCCUGCUGGAUCAACCAGCUCGAACUCCACUGAGCGCCAGGGGAAUUCUACCAGAGGCCUUCUUUGUCCUUCCGGCCACUACUGCCCCUCUGGCACUGGCUAUCCACUCCCCUGCCCCACAGGGUCUCUCUCCAUUUCCUGGGGACUGAAGGGUGCUGACGAAUGCCCCCCCUGCCCCCCUGGACUGUUUUGUGACAGGCCUGCAAUAGCAGAGCUCUCAGAUGCUCUCCCGUGUCAUGCUGGGUAUGUGUGCUUGGGUGGCAGUUGCAGUCCCACCCCAUCUGACGGUUCCCAUGGCUACCUCUGUCCCGCUGGCUAUAGCUGUCCUGUUGGCUCAGCAAGUGAGGCGCCCUGUGAGCCUGGCACUUAUAGUCCUGCCCCUGGAGCAGCCCACUGCAUAACAUGCCCUAAAGGGACUAUGUGCUCCUCCUCAGCCACUCAAGAGCCCGCUGUCUGCCCGGCUGGUCAUUUAUGUCCUGCUGGGACAGCCCUGCCUCAGCCGUGCCCUUCAGGGACUUUCAGCAACCAGACAGGAGCCCACUCUCUCUCUGUCUGCACACCCUGUACCUCUGGAUCCUACUGUAGCUCACAUGGAGCUUCAGCACCACAAGGUCCUUGUUUACAGGGUUAUUUCUGUCAAGGUGGAGCCACGGAGCCAACACCCCACAGCUAUGACAACUCCCCCAGGAAUGGCCCUUGCCCCGUGGGCCACUACUGUCCAGCAGGGUGCCUCUACCCAAUUCCAUGCCCUCUUGGCAGCAUACGCAACACCACCGGAGGUAUGUCCCUAGAGAGCUGCUCUACCUGCCCUGCAGGUCACUACUGCUCCACUGAGGGUCUGGCCAGCCCCAGUGGCCCCUGUGCUGCUGGUUUCUAUUGCCCCUUUGACUUCUCUUCAACCACUCCUUAUGCCUUCCUCUGUCCCAAGGGCCACUACUGUCCAGAAGGCUCUGCCCUGGCCCUGCCUUGUCCCACAGGAGAGUACCAGCCCAACCCAGGCUCAGAUAGCUGCAUCCCAUGUCGACCUGGAUUCUACUGCGAGGAGGCCAUAGUGGGAGAUCCAUGGCCCUGCCCACCCCACUCAUUCUGCCCUGCAGGCACCAUGGUGCCUCAGCCCUGCCCUAAUGGGACAUACACUCAUUCAAACCAAGGAGGCCUACAAGAAGAGAGAGAGUGUUUACCCUGCCCCCCAGGGAAGUUCUGCAGGGCCGGUAGGAUCCAGGGUGUGUGUGCUGCAGGCUAUCUUUGUAUUUCUGGGAGUGCAGAUUUCACCCCUCAGGGAGCCAUAUUGAACCUGACCCAGUGCCAGUGGGGCAUGCAGUGUGCUGGACCAUGUCCUCCAGGUUUCUACUGUCCAGGAGGCACAGAGGAGGCGGAGUUGUGUCCUGCAAACACUUUCAGAAGUUCCCCAGGAGGUGCCAGCAUACAGGACUGCUUACCCUGCCCACCUCAGCACUGGUGUAAACCUGGAGAGCCAGUCCUUCGCCUGUGUCCUGCCGGUCAUUACUGUGACGGUCUGCGUGGCAGUGACUUCAAUGGGGGGACAGGACCCAGACCAUGUCCUCUGUUCACCUAUCGAGCUUCACCUGGAGCAGGCAGCAAGGGUGACUGCCUGCCAUGCCCUCCUGGUUCACACUGUAACAGCACAGGGCUUACAGACUACUCCAACAGUCUAUGCCCACCUGGUUUCUGGUGCAGCGGGUCUGGACCCCCCAUCCUCUGCCCUGCAGGCACUAAAAGACCCCUUCCAGGAGCUUCCACACCAAGCCAGUGUGAACCCUGCACAGGGGGAACCUUCUGCCCAGAUCCCCGGGCUACAGGAAAGCCCAAUGUGGAGGGGAUCCCCUGCAGGCCAUCUUAUCAGUGCCCCGUGGGUGCCGUCUCGGAGAGGCUGUGCAGCGCUGGCUCAUUCUGUGGCCCUCAGACUGGCGAGCCUCAAGUCUGUCCUGAAGGAUAUAUCUGUCCCGAGGGAUCCCAUUCAUACCAAACCCCCAAACAAAUCUGUCCGUUUCCCUACUACUGCCCGGCCAACAGCUCUGCCAUGAAGUCUUGCGAAGGGGGUUCCAUGCCUGUCAACACCAGCAGGCUCAGAGGAUCCAAAAGCAGCUGCUGUAGUGAGUGUGACGGGGGCACCUAUCGUCCCUAUCUCUCCCCGAUCCAACACUGCCUUCCAUGUCCGCCAGGAUACUUCUGCCCCCCGGGUACAGACCACUACAAGAGUAACCCUUGCCCCCUCGGUUAUGUCUGUCUUAUGGGAACCACCAAACCAAUGCCCUGCCCCCCCGGCUUCUUCGGUAACCUCACUAACGCUGAGUCAAUGAGCAACUGUCACCCAUGUCCAGCCGGCACCUUCAACCACCUGGCUGCUCAGAAGGCCUGCUUUCCCUGUGGCAGCUCCUCCACCUCGCCAGCAGGGUCUUCUUCUUGUACCUGCAUUGGUAAGAACCGUGCCUUCCAGCACUCGGAUGGUUCAUGUUUGUGCAGAACGGGUUUUAUCUUCUACAAUGAACUGGAUUUCAAAAGCUCCACCUCUGACAGUGAACUGGACUGCCAGCCAGAGCUGAACAGACGGUGUGCCACGGGACAAAUACGUCUGGCAGCAUCCAGAGAGUGUGUGUCACCUUCCCUCCACUCCUGUAAUAUCACCUGCGGACCACAUGGAGGAACUCUGGAUGUGGAGAUGGGCAUCUGCCGAUGUGAGCGAUACGUGUCUGCUGAAGAGCUCUGCAACACGUCCUGCCUCUCCAGACUGCCUCAGCUCUCUGCCCAGUUCUCCACAGAUGGUCAACUGCUGCUCAGCCUCAAAGAAAGAGGCAGCGUGGUCUGGGCCAGGGCUGUGAUGGAUGUUUUAGGACCAGAUAUCCAUGCAAAGAAUGUCGGUGCAAUCCAUUUGGUCCAGUUUGACUCUGAAGGAGUGUUCGGUUGGAUUCCCACACAGAGAGAGCUUGUCAAUAAGUUUCUGUCAGAACCAAUCGAACUCCUAAAUACAAAACCCAGAAGGAGAAGAGAAACAGAAGACGAUGAUGAUGCUGCCGAUGUAUCUGUCCUUCCUCGUAUGCCCAACCCCGUUGCCUGUCUGUCCUCUGGUGACAUGCUCAUUUUCCACCUCACCAUCAACCACACAGACCGUCGUCUCAGCCACUUCCCAGUGUAUCAGAAAGACCACCUGUUUAACAGUAACCCUGGCUGGGACUUUGGUGCCUUCAGACGUCUGCAGAUACUCAUGAUGCAGACAAACUUCAACUCUACUAGGUUUGCUCACGUGUUUUCAGACACAGGCAAGUACGUGUUUGUGGACAGCGCUGUCCCAGAGUGGACUAUGGUGGUGGUGGUCAGCGAGGAGGGGACAGAGUGUGACCGUCGGGCUUCAGUCUUCCAGCCCAUGACCCCGGUACAGCUGGUCAAAUAUGGGAUUGUCAAGCAGCACAGACUCAACCUUCUACCUGACUGGGGAGUGAUAGCAGGGAUCCUGAGUCUGCUGCUGGUUGUUGUUGUGGUUGUGACCACCACAGUGCUUGUCCUGCGACCUGGCAAAGUAAAACUUGUCUCCCAGUGGAGGACAAAGCCAAAGUGGCGCAGCCUCGGGGAGCCCUUCUGUCCUGUGGAUAGUGUUUACAGUGGAGAAAGCAUAGCUGUUCCAAGUCUAGGAGACUUCUUAGGCAGUAGGGGUGUAGGAGAGGGAGCAGAAGCUGAGGAGCCUGCUGUUUCAAAAGGAGGAAGUGUGUCAGGCUACUGUGAUUUAGAGGAGUUCAACGUGAAGACUCUGUACGACAAACUAGAGGAUCAGAACCUCCACAUAGCCUCACAACUUGCCCGACACCGCAAAGACACGCAGGAGUUUUAUAGGAACAUUUGUCAGCAGACUGAAACCCUCAAGAAUGUCUUUGAAAAUAUGGAUAAUAAAAAGCUAAGUCAUCUUAAGGAGCUGCUGGUCCAUAAUGCACUGAGGGAUAAACCAUCUAACAGCAUUGCAGGAGAAAGAGAUGCACACGCCGAGGCUUCGAUAGCGUUGCUUGGAGCUGUUCUCAGGUCAGUGGAAGCUCUACUGUGUAGGCUGACUGGGGAAGCCUGGCAGAACCAUGAUUUGCCUGUUCGCCCGUACUGUCAGUCGGGUCCUCAUGAUGGUAGGGAAUGUGAGCGGCAAGCUGGAUACACACACCACGGUGACACCAACACGUGCUACACACAGUUUUCAUCGUUAAAUAUGACCAAAGCAGAAGCUCUUCCCCAUGAACCAGGUAAGGAAUACAUCCGUGUCAAGGUUUGUUGCAUUUCCAAGAGCAUCGGCAUGUUAUAUCACCACAGUGAGAUGAUUCUGUCUUCUCCAGUCCAUCUGCAUGUACAGAGCACAGCUCCUUGUCUGAGUGACCACGACCUGUCCAAACUGGUCAGCAUAUCUCCUUUGUUCAAGACCCUGCAGGAGAUCCAGCAGUCUUUACAGGACCUCUCCACGGCUGAGUUGAAUCAGCAUCUCCACAGCGCAGCUGUAGAGCAUUGUGUCCAGGAGAGCAGUGAUGGGAAACUAAUCCCAACUGCGCUGGACAACCUCUCACCUCAACACUCGGCAGUUUUCCUCUUCGGUUGCCAAGUGAUGCAGUCACUUGCAAACUGCCCCCUGUUCCCCUCUGUGCUUCUACUGCUGGCCAAGUCCCUCCCUGCAUCUUCUCUAGCCUCUAAUGAGGCUCUGUUGGCACACUGUUCAAGGGACUUUUAUUUUGACGCCACCAAUCAAAUCCUUUAUCUGUCGGAGGCAAAGCUUCAGCAUGUGGGACAUUUCGUCGCUACUAUUCUGCAAUCCAUGGCACACAUAGCAUCAGGAUCUAAAUCCCAGAGCUUUAUGCAAGCCCUCCAUGAGGCUAUUUCAGCUUUAAGCCUUCAGCUGUUCAACUUUUCUUUCAAACGGAACACAGCAGAGCCAAAAUUAGACGCCUCAGAGGGGCGGCAUGGUGCAUUAGUUGAGGAAUUUCUCAACAUUAGAGUUCCCGAUGAAGCGCAAUUCACUGAGCACCUAUUGGCUAGCAGACUUGAGAGAUACAAAUAUUUCAAAUUGGAGCAGCUCAUUGCAGACCUCAAACAGCGUUCAACCGAGGACAGAAACACAGGUUUACCACCAAAAGGGACGCCAAUGCAGAUGUCCUGUGUGGAGGAAGAGAUUGACCGCAUGAAUGAGUCUUUCUUGCACCUGAGCUUGCAGCUACAGGAGAGAGCUCAAAUGAGCACACGGCUGAAAGAGAGGGAGAACAGCGCUGGCAACCAUUCUGUGAGGGCAACACCAACAAGCAUGCCAAGCCUCAGUCGUAAUGGAACAAUCCUGCUGGAACUGAAGAGACGCCACGUAUCACAGCGCCUCAAUGAGCUCCAAACCACAUUAGGCCAGAUGAGACGGUGCCAGCAGCCUGACAGCAAGUCAAGAGAUGGGACAAGGGCCCGUACUCAAACAGACAGCAGCGCCACUCAGCAGGAGCACAGGAAGCAUUAUCCUGGCAUAGAUGGCGGCCAGCGGCAGGACAGUAUUCUAGCUAGCCAGAGUCACAGCCAACAAACCGAAGAGAGCCUCGGCAACCAUAAACUGGAGAGUCAUAUUUCUGGGCAGCAGACGAGUGGCACUGUCCAGAGCAACGACCCCGAUGCUUUUCCAGACUGCCAGAUGCUCGAGAGCCAAGAUCGGCUGAAUCUCAGCGUCGCAGGAGAGCAGGAGCUAAACAGUCGGAUCACAAUUGAAAAUACAAUUGGACACACAGAUAUUGAUGACAUGUGGGGGCAGACUGAACAGAAACUUGAUCGGAAUGCCGAUAAAUGCUGAGAAAUGUGUUGUUUGUGUGGGUUUCUCUCACCAUUACAUGUAGGUCUCCUUCCUCUUUGUCACAAUUACAGUUUUACUACAAAGCCAUCCACAGACUUUGUUUUAAAUGCUCCUUAAUUGUCCUGUAAGAAGUCUGAUGAAGCUGCUUUCUUUUAAAAUAGAAUAUGAAUUAGUCUCAAUUCAAUAAUGAUGCCUCUGUAGGUCAUAUAUAAGACAAUCAGCGAGAAGAAUGACUGUUUAUGUAUAGGUAUGAUAGUUAUUUUUAAUGACUGUCACAGGCUCUGAUUUAUUCGGGUUGGAUAUAUCAUACCUGGUCGCCCAUUCACUUUCAAACCAGUGCGAAUGCACAUGUUUCCUGUAGCGCCUUUGCUUCUAUCAUUAUUAAUGUUUUAUUGUGUUGUUUUCAAACACUUUUGUUUGUUUGUUUGUUGGUUUUAUGCUCAGUUAUCACAAUCUUAUAUGAAGUGUUAGUGUUUAUAUCAAUUUGAUCCAGUUUAUUUAAAGGGUGACUCAACACAUAUUAAAUGGUGUUUACAGGUCUUGGGGAGUAUUAAAUAAAAGUUGUAUAAAUCCUUUUGUGGCUCCGGAGGAAGCUGCAUGUAAUUCUGAUAAAUUGCCUCCAGGAAUGUCACUCAGUGUUGAAGUUGCAUUGUGGGUAAUAUAGGCGGGAGGUGGAUGUUUUGGAAAGAAGACAAAUGUGUGGAAUAGGUGAAAGGUAAAAUCAUUUUUAUUUUAAACUCUCUGUAAUGACUCCAAUAGUGUUAUAAUCGUGCAAUUUGAAUCCAGUGGACUGCUUUUUAAAACCUGGUACCUACAUUACCCACAAUGCAACUAUGAGUGACAUCAAUGGAAGCAAUUUAUCAGAUUACAUGUAGCUUCCUCUUGAGCCAAUAAAGGCUUCAUACUACUUUUUUCACAUAAGCAGUAGUACUGCCAAAGACCUUUAAACACACUGUAUCCUUAAAGCACUUUGGACUGCAUCUUUGUAUGAACAGUGCAAUACAAAGCCAUUUUUUAUUAUUGUGUCCUUCUCCAUGCUCAGCCUAGAAUAGCUCGGUAAACAACGCACGGUGUGAUCUUCUUUCUUGUUUGUCGAGGAAUGAUCCGAGUGACCUCCGUCCUAAUUCGCACCAGCUUUUAAACAACUCGCCUGUGCUCUUCUUUAAUUAUCUGUGAUCCCUGGCCAGAAAUAAUGUCUGGCAACAAGCAACUGUGUGACACAGUCCAUCCCUUUGUCCAAAUAGUUUCUUAUUCAGGAGCUAAUACUGGCCUAACACCGGCUCUGUUCAUUACCAUAUUCUAAUUAAGACAAUAAACUUCAGCUGUGUGAACGCACGGUGACACUCCUGCUUAUGAAUCGACUCCUGCUCACAACAACCUCUCCCCUGUGUAGACGUCCUCAUGAAUAUUAUAUUAAACUGUGAAAACGGUCUCUUUUUUUCUCUGUUUUGCACGAGGUCCUCUAACAUUCCUUCUCCAAGCUUCUUUUUUGUCAGUGUGGUGAGGUUUCUCUAUAACCAGAGGGUCAGCCAAGUGGAGGCAAAAGUAGCAACUGAAUUCGAAGUCCUGUUUGAUCUGCUGCAGAAGAGAAGUCUACGCUGCUCGACUGAUGCAAGAGGGUUCUGGGUCUUAUAAUAGAAACUGAGUAUUCCUACAGGGGGCUGUGAGCCAAAUCAGAAGGUCAGAUGGAACAAGUCUUCACUUACUAUCAGUGUUAGCUUCAAGCUCUGUGCCAAGUCCCUCGGGUUGAAUCUGGCAGUGCCCUGCGGUUGUGUGUGUGUGUGUGUGUGUGUGUGA